AUGUUCCACUCUGGUUUGCUACUCGGAGCCCUGGCCGCCUCCGCAGUCGCGGUUGACCCAGCGGCAGUGUACAAUGGAGGCUACAGCUCUGCUAACAAUGUCAAGCUUCGCAUUGGUAAUGGUGGCGCUGGGCAGAGUGGAUUUAUCGAAGCCCUGGCGGACGCCUUCAUCAAGUCGAGCGUGAAGAACGGAUCCACCCCCUUCAAGGUCGCCUGGUACAAGAGUGACACGACGGAGUCCAUCAACUACCUGAAAGAUGAUACUGUGAACAUUGGCAUCACCUAUACUCCCGCCGCAGAGUCGAUUGCCAUCCAGCAGGGUGUGGCCAAAGAUCCUGCCUGCUCACUUGAACAAACCGACAUCUUGACCAUGUUCUCUGGUCUCUACUCCGCGGCAGAGACCGACAACGCCACUGUUCCGACCAGGUUCCUGUCCCGGUAUGACAAGUCUGCCACCAACAUCAAGGAAUCCGACCUCUGGAUCGGCAUUGGACAAGUUCCGUGGGCGACUGCAUACUCCACGUGGUACCACCAGUAUAUCGUCUAUCCCGUUCAGGCGUUGACGGCCGCUAUCCUUCUCGAGGAAUGGCGGAGUUUCACCCAGUGGGCUAUCAGCGAUGAAGGACAGGCCGUCAUCACUGGCUUCAAGAAAGACGGACAACAACUAUACUCGGCAGUUCCGGCCAACAAGACUGCUCAAUUCUGA